UCCUUCUACUGACAGAGGCAGUUAAUUUGAUUUUUCUCUUUAUGAUCAUGAAUUUGACAAUGUCAAUGGUCAUUUUCCUUUAGUAAAAGAUUUUCCUUUUUUUUUUCUCUCCAGUUUUAGCUUAUUAUUUCUAAACGUGUAUGAGUUAAAUGUAUCUCUCUGGGCAGGAUGACAUACUGUAUUCCUCUUUCAAAAUGGAUAUGCUCACAUUUCUUCAUCAGAUAGAAAAGCCGGCAGUCACUGAAAUAAAGCCUUGAAGUUCCUUCCUCUUUUUCAGUGUCUUAAGGACAGGAAGUACAGAAAUGAAGAGGAUCCUCAGGGUGGAGUCUGAGGGACAAUGUCCUCUACUCUGACCACAGAACCAAUGUCCUGCAGUGAUGACAGGGACCCAGGGAGAACGAUGCUUUAUUUGGGCUGGAUAUUUCUUUGGCUUAUCGCAGGAGGGAGCAUCAAAGGACUGAAUAUUCCAGGUUGCUUCACUGAAAAGCCACUUAGAACAUACUCUGCAAGGUGUGGGGAGGAGUUUGUCUUGUUUUGUGAUUUGCCAGAGCCACAGAAAUCCCAUUUCCACCACGGAAGUCAACUCUCACCCACCCGAGGUUCUGAACACCUGCCUUGUAGUGGUAGGAAGAACCUAUCUGAUGUCCAGUGGUACCUGCAGCCUCAGAAUGGAGACCCAGCAGUAGAAAUCACUCAGAAUGCUCCUCACGUCAUCCAGGAGAAGAGCACCCUUCAUUUUCUGACCACAGGGAUAAACCAUGCCGGGUUAUAUAUGUGUAGACCUAGGAUGAGGAGCCCCCAAGAGAAUGCCUGCUGUGUCUGGAUGAUCUUAGAAGUUAAGCCCCAAACAAAUAUGUCCUGUGAGAGUUCUGUCUCACAUGAGCAACACCUUCUUCUUGGUAGCAUGAGCUCCAUUUACUGCCCAGGUCUCAGCCACCAAAGUGAUGCACAAAGUCCAGAGGUGACCUGGUACCAGAAUGGAAAACUUCUCUCUGAAAAGAGGAGAAACCCAAUUGAACUGGAUGAAGUUUAUGACUAUCACCAGGGCACAUAUGUGUGUGAUUACACUCAGACAGAUAAUUCAAGUUCAUGGACAGUAAGAGCUGUUAUUCAAGUGAAAACCAUUGUGAAGAACACUAAUCUCAAACCAGAUAUUCUGGAUCCCAUCAGGGACACCUUGGAAGUAGAACUUGGAAAGCCUUUAACUCUUAACUGCACGGCACGAUUUGGCUUCGAAAUAAACUUUAAUCCUGUGAUAAAAUGGUACAUCAGAGAUUCNAUAGUGUGGUAUUUUCCCUCUUUUCCUAGUGUUAAAUCCACCUUAAAGGAUGAAGUCAUAGAACGUGUUGUCUUCUUGGAAAAAGUUACUCAGAGUGAUCUUCGCAGAAAGUUCAUUUGCUUUGCCCAGAACUCCAUUGGGAACACUACUCAGUCCAUCCAGCUAAAAAAGAAGACAGGAGCGGUGUUCCUGUAUGCCCUCCUGGGCACCGUCUCGGCCCUGGCAGGCCUGCUGACCGCAGGCGCGCUGCUCUACACGUACUGGAUUGAAAUAGUGCUGCUCUACCGAACCUACCAGAGCAAGGAUGAGACGCUCGGGGACCAAAAGGAGUUUGACGCCUUUGUAUCCUAUGCGAAAUGGAGCCCCUUUGAGUGCGAGGCCUCUUCUUCUCUAAGUGAGGAAACCUUAGCCCUGAAUCUUCUCCCUGAUGUUUUGGAAAACACAUAUGGAUACACCCUGUGCUUGCUUGAAAGGGAUGUGACCCCCGGGGGAGUGUACACAGAGGACAUUGUCAGCAUUAUUAAGAAAAGCAGGAGGGGAAUCUUCGUCUUGAGCCCCAGCUAUGUCAGUGGACCCAGCAUCUUUGAACUACAAGCAGCAGUGAAUCUGGCUUUGGAGGAUCAAACACUCAAACUGAUUUUAAUUAAGUUCUCUUCCUUCCAAGAGCCAGAGUCCCUACCUCAUCUAGUGAAAAAAGCUCUCAGGGUUUUGCCUACUGUCACCUGGAAAGGCUUAAAAUCAGUUCCUCCCAACUCUAGAUUCUGGACCCAAAUACGCUACCAUAUGCCUGUGAAAAGCUCCAGGGGAGUCACUUGGAACCAUCUGAGAAUUAUCCCAUGGAUUUUUUCUCUGGAAAAGACAGAACCCACUGGGAGGAGCUCCCAGCCUGGAGGAUGGUAAAAUGGAUGCUGAACUGCCUCCCCCUGCCUCCCAUCCUGUCCCUGGUGAGCAGAGACCUUGAUGGAUGAAACACACAGCACACACCUGGCUGAUAUCACCGGGAAGGGUCCUGCCAGCCCUGAGCAAGCUUGGUCAGCACUGGAAUGAAUGGAAGCUGUGGUGCAGGGCUCUGAUUCCCUGGACAGGACAGAGAGAGGGAGAAUUCUCCAGACUACUGCACACAUUCAGCCCACAAAGUCCCUAAGAUUUUCCUAG